AUGACACUUUCUCGGAACGCCACUCUACGCUUCGACGUCAAGCUGCAUGUGUUGGAUGCAACCAAACUCGAUCGCUUCUCCCGCAACCUUCCAGCGUCUACCGGGAGACGAUUCUUCGGCGAUGAGUCGCUAAAGGAAGCUAUACAGGAGGCUACGGAAGAGAUUGAGAAGGCGUCUGACGACCGUGUGCGGGAGCUUGAUGCCUAUCAGGCCACAGGACCGGACCCUAGUAGUGAGGGACCUGACUGGAUAGUCGGCCCCCUCUUAGUGGUUGCAGAAGCAUCAACAAUCAGAUUGCUAUACGACGCAAGCUAUGGACUCGCCGAUAUACUACAGCUCAAAGACAAGACGAUGGAACAACAUGUCCGGACCGUCAUAGUGUGGGACGGCGGGAUACAGCCUACGGUAUGGUCCAAGGCAGAGGUUGAAGAGGGACGUCCGUCGAUGGACUAUAGGUAUCACUACGAUAGGCGCAAGGCCAUCAACACACCAUCGCUCGAAGCCUCAUACCGAGAAUCGUUUAAUGCACAGACGGCGGAUGGCUAUGAUGCUGAUGAGCUUAACGAUUGGUUUUUCGAGCAUGCGGCCGCGAUUGUGCUCAUCACCAAGGCUGCAGUUGCGAAGAACCCCGAGUGGGUUGCGAUGGUGACGAAGGCGGAGGGAACCACGAUCUAG